UACCAACAUGGUGGCCUGAAUUACGGCUUUGUGGAAUUCAACGACCAUCGUUCAGCCGAACAAGCUCUUCAAACACUUAACGGAAGAAAAAUAUACAACAUGGAAAUUAAAGUGAAUUGGGCUUUUCAGGGACAACAAGGUCAUAAAGAGGAUACAUCAAAUCAUUACCAUAUCUUUGUUGGAGACUUAAGUCCUGAAGUUAAUGAUGAAGUACUUGCUAAAGCAUUUAGUGCGUUUGGAAGCAUGUCCGAUGCUCGUGUUAUGUGGGAUGUUAAUUCUGGAAAAUCUCGAGGAUACGGAUUCGUUGCUUUCCGUGAUAAGACGGAUGCGGAACAAGCCAUCGCAACAAUGAAUG